AGUUAGAUGUAUAAAAGAGAUAUUCCACCAGCAUCAGUCUGCAUAUAUACCACAAAUAAGUAGAGAUGUUUUUAACUUUGAAGCAAGAGAUUCCAGCUGCUUUGGUCAUGCUAGUAGUUGCAAUCGCAAUUGUGAAUACAGCCGUAGAAAUAUGUCCAGAAUCGAGAUGUCCUGGACCUCUUCCACAAAUGCAACAGAUUGUGGAGGGAGAUAGAGUAAUCGAAUACUUCUUCAACUCGUCAUUAUACAUAACCAAUAUUAACUGGUGUAUUAAUGGAAAGCAGGCUACAAAUCCUACCUUGUUUAGGGAAAAAAUCAUGAAAAAUUUUAGUACUAAUGUACUUGUCUACACUAAUCCUUCUCGUGAGGACCGAGCUAACGGAUUAACACUGUAUGCGAUAGAGGGUGAAUCUCAUUCUGACUGUGCUAUAAAUACCAACCUGAUCACAGUACAGUCAAAUGUAGGAAACAUAUCAGCCAGGCUUGUCCUCAUUCAUAUUGUUGAAGCAUCAUGCCCAGUACUACAUCACCCAGUAAAUGGGAAAGUAGUGCAUGUGACAGAUAAAACAGCCAAUUACAGCUGCAACCCUGGGUUCAACCUAAAUGGGAACAGUACAAUAACUUGUGUAACAAAGGUUGAUGAGCAAGUGGGGGAAUGGAUUGGUUCUUCACCAACUUGUGAACCCGUUACCUGUGAAAGACCAACAAUAACUAAUGGUACCGUGGACUUUUGCGGUGAUGGUCAAGAACCAAACAGAACAUCUUUCGGAGCUAUUGCCACUUUCAAAUGCGAUGAAGGGUACACUUUGAGUGAUAGCACAACUCUAAGGUGUACUUACGGAAUAAGUACAGAAAACUCCUUGAGCGAGAAUGGAAACUGGAACAGCACGCUUCCAACUUGUGAAGCAUUACCACCCACAACAACUGCAUCAACAACAACCACAACACCUUCAACAACAUCGAUAACCCUGCAUUACACAACGAGCAUAUCAGUUCCACCAGUCCCUGGUUCAAUCAAGAUAGAGGAUCCAAGAGGCAUCUCAAUAGUUUUAACUGCUUUUAUUGUGGGACUAGUGCUAGGUGUCCUUGCAACCAGUGUGGUCUGUUAUGUCUGCGUCAAAAGAACUUCAACCAUACAUCCAGCAACUUGUAUAGGAAACUUAAAUAGAAAUGACGUCUUAAACGGACACAUUGAUUAUCAAAUGGAUGGAAUUGAAGACUCGCAAAAACAAGAUUCAUAACAUUCCCCGUUUUGUCUGUAUUUACUUAAUCUGUAUGUGGUCAAAACUACCCUCAUUGCUAAAACUAGCACAACAGACAAUUUCAGUUGACCUUUGUUUUUACAUGACUGCUGUUUACUCAAACUUUCCCUUUCUAAAUGCUCCGUGUCUCUCAUUGUACUGCACAUAAGGCAAUGUAACAUUAUACAUUAUAUGC